ACUCUUUCUGCAAAAGUUAUAAACGUCUCUGCUCUGCUGGCCAGCACACUCUCGUGUUCUCCAACCUGAUCCUCGCUCUUGAUAGCCCUCCGCAUCUGACAUUUUUUCUUUGCUGAGAGCUCGGGCUUGACUACCGGAAUACACGAUGACUUUGGACGUGCUGCAUUUUAUCGACUCGAAGGGUGGCAACUCGGAGGAGAUCAGAGAGUCACAGCGAAAACGUGGACACUCAGUCGAGCUGGUCGAUGAGGUUAUCCAAAUGUACGCGGACUGGGUGAAGAUGGACUUUGAUGCAAAUGCGUUGAGCAAGGAUGUCAACGCGAUACAGAAACAGAUAGGAUCCAAAAAGAAGGCAAAAGAGAACGCGGAUGAACUUGUGGCCCAGAAAAAAGCUCUUGAUGCGCAGGUCGAGGCUAAGCGGAAGGAGACUCGCGAGUUUGAGGUGACGAUGAGGCAGAAGGCUUCUACCAUUGGAAACAUCGUCGGAAAGGGCGCCCCUGUCAGUCUGACUGAGGACGACAACACCACUCUGAAGCUCUGGCAUCCAGACGGCCCAAACGCACAGGUGGAGAAGAAGACGAAUAUCAUGCCUCAUCAUGAAGUAUUGCUCCGACUGGAUGCGAUGGAUCUUGACCGAGGUGCUAAGAUCGCGGGCCACAGAGGAUACUACCUCACCAACGACGGUAUCGACCUUAACCAGGCUCUGAUCUCCUACGGCCUCGACUUCCUCAGGAAACGAGGCUACAAGAAGAUCCAACCUCCAUUCAUGAUGAACAAGGACCAAAUGGCCAAGACUGCUCAGCUCGAUCAGUUCGAUGAGGAGCUCUACAAGGUCAUCGCCAGCGACGACGAAAAAUACCUCAUUGCCACCUCCGAACAACCUAUCUCCGCCUUCCACUCCGACGAAUGGUUUGAAUCCCCAGACACCCAACUCCCCAUCCAAUACGCCGGCUACUCCACCUGUUUCCGCAAAGAAGCUGGCUCUGCAGGACGCGACAUGUGGGGCAUCUUCCGCGUUCACCAGUUCGAGAAGGUCGAGCAGUUCUGCAUCACCGCCCCGGACAAGUCGUGGGAGAUGUUUGAGACGAUGGUGGCGAACAGCGAGGCGUUCUAUCAGAGCUUGGGCAUCCCAUAUAGGGUCGUGGGCAUCGUUUCGGGUGCUCUGAACCUGGCGGCGGCGCAGAAGUUUGAUCUGGAGGCUUGGUUCCCGUUCCAAGGAGCUUAUAAGGAGUUGGUGUCGUGCUCGAAUUGCACGGAUUAUCAGAGCCGAAGGCUGGAGGUUCGCUGUGGUCUGAAGAAGAGCGAUCAGACCCGUAAAGUCUACGUUCACAUGCUCAACGGCACUCUUUGCGCCACCGAGCGCGCCCUCUGCUGUCUCGUCGAGAACUAUCAGACACCUGACGGUCUUGUCGUUCCCGAGGUUCUCCGCCCCUACAUGCAAGGACGCGACUUCCUCCCAUGGGCUAAGGAGCUCCCGAAGAGCCUCCAGCGCAAGCAGGCGUGAUCCUUCGCCUUAUCUGUUGUCGUUUGUAUGUCUUCCUUGUUUCUGCUAUCUUUAUCGGGGUGCGCGUGUGGCGCGGUGUCCAGAAGAAGAAAAACUCUGUUGUUGUAUGUAGAACGGGUACCGUGCGAGCAGCUGUAGAAAUAUACCAGACGUGCUUGCUUUUGCAUUGGGAAGAUGAAGCACGGGGUUC